CCACUUUUUAUAAAAUUUGGUGGAUGUUCUCAACCUAGAUUCUUCCCAAGUGUGACAACCGAGACUUAUCGGCAGCAUGUGCUUAAACAGUUGAUGAUUUUGUUUGAACGACGGAGUCCCAAUGCAGAAACUGGACGCCAACAGAUCAUGUCGGCCUGCACUCAGGCUGCCGCUGUUCUAGACACUUACCGCAGCGUGCGAAAGGCAUUCCUCGAUUUUCACAUGGAAAAAGACCCGCAUGCAGGAAUGUCAGAGGACACUUCCGCAUGGAUGGUUGCUCGUUUCAAUCUCCUUCUCGAAGAAGACGCAGACAUCGCCAAAGACAAGAACUUGAAGCAAUGCGUCAAAUGGUGCUUGGAAGCUACUCUUGUUGUCCAGAAGACACUGUCCCAACGCGUCUUCAGCGAUUUCAGCGAACAUCCGACUUCUCCUGGAAACGCAUUCAACAAUUUGAUCGAUGCCUCUCAUCCGGGUGAUAUUUCUCAUUCAACAAGAACUGCGCAAUUUAUGUUGGCGCAGUGCUACGACCAACCGACUCCUAUCAAAGCCAUCGUUUAUUCGUGGGCUGCCCUCAGCAUCGGCAUGGCGGAAACGUUUUUUAAGGCACAGCUAGAUUGUGCCAUCGAGGGAAGCGCACCAGAACAGCUGCAACAAAGUGAAACGCAGGAACAGGGACAAGGGAGGCCAAUUGACAUGGGGCUUGUUAAAGCCGCAAUGGCCAUGAGCUGGGGCAACAUGAGCCUGGAAAAGGUCCUAGAGCCCCACCUGCUCGUUGAAGACACCUUAUCGAAUAUUUCAAACAGCAAGCGACUCAAAGCAACAGACAAGCAACGACUGCAGAAAAAUUGUGGAGGAAUCCCAAGGCCAGACUUUCAACCUUUCUGGCCCUUCUUCACGGAACCCGCUUUCAUAGAUGAAGUGCUGUUGGCUAUCUUUACGGUUCCUUCGGAAGAAAGCAAAGAAGGGAAGCCGGCAGUGCAAGAACCCCAGCCAGGAGCAGAACAGGGAACGUCGGAAGAGCCGGAGGUUCAACAGCAUCCAGGACCUUCUGCGUCUCACCCAGAGGAGCAGAUUAAGGAACCAACGCCUCCCUCAGAUAAAGCUGCUGAGCCUCAAGUUGAGGAAGCUCAAGGUCCUGUAGCAUCACCAGUUACACCACGCAGGUCUGAUCAAGGCCCCUCCAGUCCUCGAGAGAGCGAUGAGGACGACACCAAGAGUACUGGCCAUAUGGGAUCCUGGGUAGCGGAAGGCGUCCCCAAGCCUGAUAAGCAAGACACCCCUCCCAGUGGGAAAGUAAGUGUCAAGCCAGGGGAUACACCCUCAGGUGCUCCGAGUGGCCCUGCCGAACCCGUAUCCCGUGUGGACUCACCGGGUCCAGAACCACCAAGGCCAACACUUCCGUCGAGAAUUACAUUAACGUCGGCUAAAGACAAACCUGAAGAGGUUAAAAAGGAGCCUCUUGUGCGAAAGGGAUCAGACAAAUAUAAAGCCUAUGUAGAAGUCAGGCAUGAACCCCCUAAACACGGACUGUAUAGCCACCGGCUGCUCUCAACUGCAGGUUUAGACUCCGAACAAAGUAGAAGUCAGGCAACUAGCGGGAAAUCCAGUUAA